AUGCAAUGUACNAGUGUAGUACAACACAAGCCAUAUCCUAAAGCUAACAGAAAGAAGCAGUUACAGGAGCAAGCUGCUAAAUACCCGAGAUACACAGCCCCUGGGGACCAGGUCAAUCCACCCACAACCAAACCAAAGCCACCCCCCUUGAAGGCCAAGCCCACUUUGCCCCAAAGUGAGUAUCAUCCACUUCCUUUUGUAGUGGAAAACCUCCCAUCGUACAGCCGACCAAAUUUCCCGACGCCAUCAUCCCACAUGCAGAGUCCCACGUCUACCAACUCGUACUCCUCCAGUAGCGGAAAAUGGAAAAAUCUCUCCACUUCGCCCAAGACACCCCCUAGUGUGCCAAGUGAACUGAGCGACAAUGGAAUGUCUAUACGCUCCAACCCAUUAGCAUUCUCCCUCGAGGAUGAUCCACCAGUUGCAUAGUAUUAUAAGGUUCAAGAUGCCAAGCUGAUGCACACAUAGCCAGGAAUGUGCUUGCUUAUCCUCCAAAUUGUGUAGGUUCUGUCUGAUGAUACAUAUUAGUGGUGCUAUUUGAGCUAAGAAAACAUGGACCCUUAGAUGUUAAGCUUGUGUUGAGGAAAACGCCAUCUAUGUUUCUCUUAACCUUAAAGGAUGUUGUUUCCCCAAGAUUCAUUGGAGGAAAAAUAAAGAGAAACAAAAAUAAUACUUAUAUUGAGCUUUUAUGACAUAUUUUUAUGCUUGCAUAUGCUGAAUCAAAUAUUUUUGGGGUUUAAAGACAUUGAAAAGAGAAUAGCUUGAUGUAUGCCUUGACUGAAAAGCCUUCCUUAUCAAGAGAUUAUUAGAUUAUACAGAUUUUAUAAUGGAUUACACAUUUGAGAUGCUGUCAUAAAAAGUAAAAAUAUUUCUUCCAUGCAAGGUGUCGACACCUUCAACCAUUUGUCUUAAAGCAUAUUUUUUCUUUUUAAAUUUAUUUUUCAGCUUUUUAGACUUUUAAAUAAAGAUUUUAAAAAGUAAUUUUAGCAUGUCCAGACAAGUAACUUUGACCAGAGAGACAAGAAAGUAUUCCAAGGAUAUUGACUUUUAUCCCCACCCCCAAUCCCACGGGAUAUCCUACAUGCAAUGUACUUCCAGAAAGAACGGAGGUCAUUUACAGGAUCCCCUGAAAAUUUGUGAAUAUCUGUUUUUGCUACAAAUGUGUGUCGAAAGCACAAAUCUUUGUAUAUAAUUGUAAACGUCUUAUUUAUUAUCAGAAGCAUUUGUACAUAGCUGUGUUAUUAGAAUUAACAAAUAAAAUCAUUUAUGAGUA